AUGAAGCCAAGGGAUUUUGGCCCCAAGGAAAACAGGAAACGUGCUUACAAGAGCUAUGUCCGAGCCCUCCCUCUGCUGAAGAAAAUGGGGAUCAAUUCCAUUCUCCUCCGCAAAAGCAUUGGUGCUCUUGAGGUGGCCUGUGGCAUUGUCAUGACCCUUGUGCCUGGGCGUCCCAAAGAUGUGGCCAACUUCUUCCUACUCUUGCUGGUGUUGGCUGUGCUCUUCUUCCAUCAACUAGUCGGUGAUCCUCUCAAACGCUACGCCCAUGCUCUGGUGUUUGGAAUCCUGCUCACCUGCCGCCUGCUGAUUGCCCGCAAGCCUGAAGACCGGUCUUCUGAGAAGAAGCCCUUGCCACCACCAGGGCAAGCAGGGAAUGCCGGGAACGCGGAGGAGCAGCCCUCUUUAUAUGAGAAGGCCCCUCAGGGCAAAAUGAAGUUGUCAUAGGAAAGCAGAAGUGCAAAAAGUGAACCUUCCAGGCAGUUGCCUCCAUGACACCCAGGAAGAUGUCAGUGUGUGUUUUUCAUUUGAUUUAUUUAUCUUGAAGGAAAGGGAAAAAAUAUAAUCUGCAAGUUAAUGGUCCUAUUGGCUUGUGUACACCUAUACCCUAAAAUGACCUCCCCACAUAGACAUAUGUGCACCACCUUUAAUCACUUUGGGGCAACUCUCACAUCUUGCUGCAUGUACAUGUAUACGGCUAACUGUUGAAGUGUAUUUGUGAGAUGGACUCCAGCAAGCAUGUGACUAUAAGAUUAUGUGUGGGAAAAUGUAUUUACUGUCCGUGUGUGUGUGUUUGUGUGUGUGUGUGUGUGUGCACGCACGCAGGUGCGAGGAGAAGGCUCUGAUCUUGAACUAAUCCUGCAGAGGUAUCCUUCCCUUUAUAGACUGAUUCUAGUGAGGGCAGAAUAAAAUAAACCUCCUCUAAAGAGAAUCCUACUUACUUCUGGUAUAAAUCAAGUGAUGUAUUCCUGUGGGAUGAGGGAAAUUAAGUUGAAAACUUAAAUUUACCACUUUAGAAGAAAGUUCCUUCAAUUUGAGACAUUGAGUUAUACUGAUUAGCCUCCACUGUAACAGUUGUUGAAAUUUUAAAUACUCCAUAUUGAGUUUAAUUAAAAUAAGGGAUAUAUGCAGUCAACACAUAAUCUAAUUCUUCAAGUGAUAAAAUUGGAAUUUUACCUUGCCUUUGCCCCAAACCAACCUACUAAGCUCCUUUGCUCACAGUUUGAAAUUGAAGCAGUAAACUUGUUACCAGACAUCUCUUUUUUGGGGGUGGUUCUUAAGCCAAAAGCUGCCUCACUUCCUACUAUUCUCAGCAGAGAAUCCCAACCAGGAUUCGGCAGCUGCUCUACUGUUGGGUUGAGGGAGCAGGGAUUAGUCCCGUUAGAAGUCUGUGAAUCUCAAACUCUAGCUGUUCUCUUCAAUCAUCUGAGACUUGACAGAGGAGCUGUAUCCAGGGUUUCCCUGCCAGACAGGUUCAUUACUCCUAUUGACUCUUCACUGAACUUUGCUAGUGUAAGCAGAGAUCCAAGUUACUCCUCUGGUUGUCUCCUCUACACCUCUUUAUCAUUAUGGUGGCUGGAGUUCAGCAGGGGGAAGGACAUUUGAUAUGGAUUGGUUGGAUUGAGCAGUAUGAACUUUGCUUUCUUCAUUCCAUACUGCUGUUUCUCCUUGUUAGAUGUGCUUUGAUGGUUUUAAUAUUAUUGUGCCAGGGAU